GUUGCGAGCGGCCGUGAACUGACGAAACACAACGAGGCUCGUGCGACCACGCUCUUUUCCUAGGGGAAACUGUUGAACUUUGCUACUAGUUCGAAUUCAGCGCCCGUACAACCCGCAACAUGGCUGAUCGUCACGUGAUCGAUGGCCGCUGACAUCGAAAGGAAGGCGACAGCUAGCGUCGCAACCGUAUGCAGUUAAACUUUAUCCAUAGUGCGAUACUGGGAACGUUGCUCAUGCGAACAGCGCGUGAUACGCGCGUCCUUUCCGCCGACAUCUCGCAACGACCAAUCGGCGCGCGCUAACUCCAUAACUGUGAGUUUGAAUGACAUCAACUGGCGCUUGGCUACAGUUUGUGCGCAAACGAGGGAUGUAGUCCGCUGCGUACCAAGCGUGUGACUGAAUGCCGGGUAAUGCGGAGCACACGAGACUGGAUGUUUUCCUAAGUAAAUUACCGCAGCCUCCUCCACGAAGAAACGCUCGCAGCACGUCUCGAGAGGAUUCCGGAGAGAAAGAAGCAGCCUGUCGAGCGGACUGGAAACAGUUGGCCGCACUGGACCGAGGAACCUCGCCGAGGAACUCCCGCGUUUUUUCUCGCGCGACGUCAAAAAUGCAAGUUUCUUACGCUUCCGAGUGCACCCGGUGAUAAGAAUUUGACGCAGGGAUUGGCACGGAUCUCCGCACACAUUGACAGAGAUUCAACCUCCGAUUCUUCUUUAUUCGGACGACGAGCCUGGCGAUUUUUCCAAGAAAACCUGAACACAAGGGACAACCUGAGUUAUACCGUAUCAAAGUUGCUUUGUACACAACAAUGGCGCCUCCGAGAGUGAUGCUCAAGCAGAACAGAGGGCAGAAUACCGCUGUUGUAAGAAAAGGAGUGACAACAAGAAGUCAAAAUCAAAAUUCCUUAUUGAACAAUGUGUUAAACAAACAGAACAUCAUAGGUCGAGAAACUCGCGCUAAGCGAAAAGCAGAAGCUUCGCCAGCUAAAGACAAAAUGACAAAGAGAACUGCUUUCGCCAAUAUUACUAAUGCUAUCGGAAAGACACUGGGAGAACAGAAUCGUUUACAAAACAAAGUAGCACCUCAAACGAUCAAAACGAACAUAGAAAAUAAUGCGGAAAAGCGUGUAGCAAAAGCUACUAUCAUAUUGAAAGCGAUACAACCACCACCACCACCACUUGCUGUCAGGCCCAUUAAUAAAAAAGGAGAUGUGAUUAACGAUGAAAAUAAUCCGAACGUCCCACCGAAAAUUGUAAAUAUCAGAUCAAGUUUAGAUUUGGAGAAAUCAGGUGAGAAUUCGUUGUACGUCAGCGCGUUAGAGGAUGUGACGGAAAACGUGAAAAAUGGCCUCAUGUUUACCAAGUUUCACGAGUGCGAGAAAGAAGUAAAAGUAGAAGCAGCAGAAGUGGUAGCCCCGAUUGAAAGGCACGAAGACAACAACGAGGAGAAGGUGUUACCAGCCGUCACUCUGACGGACGACAUUCCCGAGAACUUGCUGCCCGACGGUGUUCUGUGGGACUUCGACGCCGAAAACUGGCUAGAUCCUUUGCAAGUGUCGAAUUACGCGAGUGACAUCUUCCAAUAUCUGAGGGAACGGGAAAACAAGUUUCGCAUUGUCGAAUAUAUGGAGAGGCAAGUGUGUCUCUCAGGAUGGAUGCGUGCUAUGUUGGUCGACUGGAUGGUCGAGGUGCAAGAGUCGUUCGAGCUCAAUCACGAGACCUUGUAUUUGGCUGUAAAACUGGUCGACCUGUAUUUGUCGCAAAUGACAGUCGGCAAGGAGACCCUGCAGUUGUUGGGUGCCGCGAGUUUGUUCAUAGCGAGCAAAUACGACGAAAGAAUACCACCGAUGAUAGAGGAUUUCUUGUAUAUAUGUGACGGCGCGUAUUCGCAGAGGAUGAUCAUCAAGAUGGAGAUGAAUAUCCUGAAAGUAGUGAAUUUUGACUUGGGAAUACCUCUCUCUUACAGGUUCCUGCGACGUUAUGCUAGGUGUGCUAAAGUGUCAAUGCCCACGUUAACUUUGGCCCGAUACAUAUUGGAGUACUCACUGAUGGAUUACACGACGAUAACGUUCAGCGAUAGCAAAAUGGCCGCGGCUGCGCUCUUGUUAGCGUUGCAGAUGAAAGAUCUGGGCGGAUGGACCGCGACGUUACAGUACUACAGUGGUUACACGUUGGAAGACAUCAGGAGUAUCUGCAUCACUUUGAAUGAAGGCAUGCACAAGAAGCAUAAGGAAGCUUUAAUGACCGUGCGCAACAAGUAUAGUCAUAAGAUCUUCUUCGAAGUAGCAAAACUUCCCCUAAAAGACAAAUUGGAUAUAUAGAUGAUGCUUAAGAUAGUAUAAUAAAUGUAUACAGACAGAUGGCUCUGAUAUUUUGAUGCCCAAUAUUCGAUUAUGAAGUCAUACCAAUUAUUGUUGGUCGAUUUUGGUGAGAAUUAUAUCUACAGAAUAGUUCUUAGCGCGCUGAGAAAGUAGGAACAUUAAAUUGUAUCGCGCGUAGGACGAAAGUUUGUGUUACGUGACCAAUUUCGUGCGAAUCUCGAGGAGCCUCAGCAGGAGCCUGCAUCCAUUUUUUUUUCUACUCACCUCCCUGUAUCCUUUUUAUUAUUAUUAUUUAUAUUUAACAGUAACAUCUAUCUCGUUUUACAAUCGCAGUAUUUGUAAGCUAAUUUACUUUUUAUUCUUACUUUUUUCUUUUUGUUAAAAUUUAUUUUAGCGCCAUGCUUUUACACUCCGCGAAGUAAGUCCCGAGUCCCAAACUUGAUUCCGGGUUUCUUUUCACAUGACACAACUGCGAUCUGUCUAUCACGACUGACAGUAUUUCUGGAGUUAAUGGGGGGAAAAAAAAAAAGAAAGAAAAUUCUAUUUAUCGCCGAUUAAAUUGAUAGUACAAACGCGAUUACGCACAGACGAAUGAUGAAGCAGUAAACUUGUACUCGAAAUUCCGAAAAUAGAGAGUGUGGCGCAUUGUUACGUGUAUCAUUGUUGUACCUUAUAUCUAGACUGAUAAUCAAAACUCGUGUUACCGGUGUGGAAAUUUGCACAACAUGUAGCAGUUGCACGCGCGUAUGAUGAAUUCAGAUUUUUGCGAGGUACGAUACUGACUGUGUGAUUCAACCGAAGGACACUGUGCCUUGUAACAUGAAAGAUAGAUACAUUCAGUAAGGUAACAUUAGCUAUAUAUAUAAUGACAGAUUGGCCGGAGGCGAUCUAAGCUAUGUUUUUACAUUUGGCGAAAUAUAUAUAUAUAUAUACAUAUAAGA